UGGCCAUAUGACUGGUCCCUGACUUCCCUACCUCAGUCUGUAUGGGGUACGGACUGGUAUGCUGCCCACCCCCCCCCCCCCCCGCCACCCCUCCAGAACCAAAGCAGAAAGCCCAGGAAAGCUAGGAACCUGUCAUUCUAGAUGGAACCUUGUUUCUGCCAGAGGCUGGAGGAUGAAGGCAUUUGAGCAGUGGACUCUGACCCCAGGCUACCUCAGGAGGUGAAGUGUGCUAAAGGUGGGACUCUGGCCCUGUGUGAGGUGAAGCUUGGUUGCCAGGUGACUGCCCAGGGUGGCCACCCACUGUUGGGAGGACUGCCUGCUGUGCUCAUCCCUCAGCCGUAGCCACCCCUGGUUCUGCCCCUUGCCUUGCCACCAUGGCGCGGCAGCUCAAUAUGGAUACCAUGCGGCAGAAUUUCUGGAAGGAGGAAUAUCUAAGGGAGAUGAUGUUACGCUGUGAAUGGCACCGCAAGUAUGGGUCAUUACUGAAGGCCAAGCAGAAGGCUAAGGCUGCAGCCCGCCUGCCCCUCAAACUGCCUACCCUGCAGCCCAAGACCCCACUCUCAGCCCCAUCUGUCCCCAAAGCAAGCCCUGCCAAGGCCCCCAGUCCUGUCCCAGAGGCUCUUCCUGAAUCAGAAAUGUACCCUGUAGAGCCUGCCAUCCGGGCCCUGCUGUAUGAAGGAAUCUCCCACGACUUCCAAGGCCGCUACCGCUACCUCAACACCCGGAAACUGGACAUUCCAGAGAAGCGCUACUUGUUCCCCAUCACCAGCAACUUCACAUAUGGCUGGCAGCUGGGCUCUCCAGCCAGGCAAGGAAUGAUCUCCUGCAAGAUGUGCCAGAUCGAGUCAUUCUUCCGCAAGAAUGGGGCUUUUGCACUGCUCGACCCCCGGGACCUGGCCUUCUGACAUGGGCCAAACAUGGGC